CUUAUCUAUUAAUAAAUGUGGCCAAAUUUUUAUGUCACAUUUAGCUAUAUAAAUGAACAAGGGUCAUAUAUGGACUCAGUUAAACAAUUGAAACUGAGGAAGACUUUUGAUCUCAUAAUGCAGCGGUUUUUGUGUCUAGUGUUGCUGUCAGUCGUUUGUGUAGCAACGACAUCUGGUAACAGAUACUGCCAAAAGUACGAAAUCCUACGUCAAAGCUCAAGAGUGAGUAACUGGGAGGAAGCAAACAAUGAAUGUCAAAGGAAACGCAUGUCGCUGGUGAAAGUUGACAACAUGGAAGAGGACGCCUUCCUCCGAACAUUCUUAGAUAAAGAAAACCCUGGAUAUAAUGCUGAUGGAUGGUUCAUUGGUGGUAAAUAUAGUAAUGGCCGAUGGACUUGGUCAGAUGGAUCACCCAUGGUCUAUCAGAAUUUCCCUGGAGGCAACCGAUUUACUUCAAUGGCUCAAGAUGUAACUAACUACGCCUUCAUCAUGAAGAAUGGUUAUGCAUGGGGAUACGUAUCUCCUUUUGGAACCCAAAGAAUGGGUUAUAUUUGUGAAAAUACCCGCUGUUGAACUUUAAUUAAAACAUUUUAAAAUAACGACAA